AUGGCGCAAAACAAUACUCGCCCGGAACCACCAGUAGUCGAAAGAGACGGCUUCUCGCUGACCAAAGGUAGCUUCUGCGCCAGCAAUGGAAAUGUCGAACAGGUCAGCGGCAGUCGAUUGCACGAACUCUUUUGGCCAGAGUCUCUACGAUUGAAAAGAGACCAGAAGAAAGCCAGUGAAGAAGCUCGAGAGCUAUUUAAAAAGGCAUUCUUUGCAGGACAGCUGAAACAUUAUGGGAUCAGUUUUCAUCCAAGGAAUUCCAAAGUUGGAGAGUUGAAAGAGCUUUUGAUAAAUGCAGUUGCUCAAGGACAUUGUGAUCAUGUUCCGCAGUCAGUACUGUCUUUGAGACAGUCAAUGGAACAAGUUCUGCAGCCUUUAUAUGAGAAGUGGGAGAAGGACGUCCAUGAAUGGGACACAAACGACAGGCGUAGAAGACUGGAGGAACUAAACAACUGCAAAACUCUCGGUGAGAAAGCGAGCUAUAAUUUAGAUCUCUUUCUCGAACACUACUUCACCACAAAUGGACAGCCUGAUCAGCAUAAAACACCAGAGCCAUUGUCAUUAGAAGGGUUUGAUGACAAACUGCCUCUACACCUCAAGGCAGGAGAGAUUCCUGGACUGUAUACAAAGAGUGGAGGCUCUAAAGAUAAGCGAACGCUUUGCAUCGCAGAGAAGCGUGAAAGGGAGAUGAAGUGGGCGAAAGCGAUGGAAGCACACGAACAGUUCACAUCAACUAUCAAACCACCUCCACCAAGUCUAGGUCGCAAGGCAAGCCGCGCUUCGACCUUGAAAAAUGUCAAGGGUCGUAUAUCAUCAAGUGCGAUUCUUUUGAGAGCCAAUUAUGAUUUCAGGAUCAUUACUGGAGCUAUGCUCUUGUAUAAUGACGAGGAGACCUUGGACGAUCCCGUUGGCGACUCUGAUGAUGAUUCAGGAACGGAUGAUAGUGCAGAGUCUGAAGAUAAAAGAAGACACGAAGAGCGGCGGCAAGAGAAACUUGAAGAAAGACACGGAAAGAAAAACCAAAUUCCGUCCUGCAAAGAAGAAAAGGAUUCUGUCUUCGCUGUCCCGACGGGAUUUUUAUCGGUUGCGUGGCGAAGAAACUGGCGAAGGCGAGAUUCUUUCCGACACAGAGGCUGGGGAGAUCGAUUUCCUGAACGACGACUGUACCAAGUUCUCUGGUUUGGCAUGCGAACUCCCUUACGUAGGGAGUAG